AUUACCUUGGAAAGAUAUAUAACGACAUAAAUACUGGCUAUAGCUCAUAUCCUAUUAUAGAUGAUUUUCAUUUUAUUAUCUUUUAUUUUUCUUGGCCUACAGGGGCUGGAGGGUGGUCCUCCCAAGAAGUGCCCUGUAGGUGAGUAUUUCUCGGACCCUGACGACUGCCGGGUGUUCUACCAGUGUGACCAUGGAAGACCUGUAAGGAAGAGAUGUAGCCCCGGGACAGUGUUCAACCCUGUGUCAUGGGUCUGCGACUGGCCAUACAAUGUGGACUGUGGUGUCAAACCUGAAAGCACUACACGAACACAAGAAAAGUACACGACUACUCGACGACCAAUUUCAGAAAACCAGUGUAAAGACGGAUUUGACUACGCAGAUCCAGUAAAAUGUCCAAGUUUAAUCUACUACCAAUGUAUUGGGAAGAAGAAGAUCUUGCAAACAUGCAAAAACCAUUUGGUUUUUAACCCGGACACUUGCCUAUGUGACAAGCCCACUAACAUCAAAUGUCAGGUUGAGCCAGGUGUAUGUAGAGGAAAAUUGGUUCUUUAGACUACUCCUACCUCUGGAAGGAAUGAAGAUUCCCCUUUUAAAAUUGACUUGAUGUCUAACAAGUAACUUUAUUUUAUGUCAAGAUUUAGUACAUCAAGUAAGCAAUUAAGGUAGAUCCAGUAAACAUAUCACAAUUAAAUUGCUAAUUAUAUAAUGUACAUACCCUGAUAAAUAAAAUGUAUUUUAUAUUUCCUAAUAAUAUAA